UCAUUAUCUGUCAUGCAGUUGCAAGUGCUGACUAUCGCGGUGCUAGCGGCGAUGGCGUCGGCGCAAACGGGCGCACUUCUGCCCAGGUGUGACGUGGACGUGUCCGCGGCGUUCAACAGCAGCAUAAACAACCAAUCGGUGGUGUGCAUGAAAGAUCAGAACAUCAAGGCGGGGUUGCUCCUGGACGUGAGUUUGUUCUGCGCGACCCCGAGCUGCAUCAAGAUGAUGAACGCGACCCAGGCGCAGGCGGCGACGUGCCGUCCGAACGCGACCAUCUUGCUGCCGACCAAGUACUGCGAAGAGGUAUGCCGUCAAAAGCUCACGGCGAUGCAGCUCUUCUCGAAGAACUGCAAGGAAGUUGAAACGUCCAACUUGACCACAUACUGCACAUUCUGCAACAAGUUUACGCAGGAGGCGGAUUCGUUCAUCGACGCAUGUGGGCUGUGGGACUCGGCGUCCGCGCUGCGCGACACGAUCACAACCCCCCGCGCGAUCUGCGACAGAGUCAACACGGCCGUGCCACCGCCGGCGCCCGAGUCCAGCUCCACGACGUACAUCAUCAUCGGAGCGAUCGGGGGCGUGGUGCUGCUUGGGGCUGCCGCGUACGUGUGCUUGAAGAAGAAGAAGUCCAAGUACGAGGCCGACUACCGGUCCGCGGGCGGCGGGUCGCACAUGAUCUCGGGCGGGUCCAACGGCCGGAGGUCGCCCGGCGGGGACUCGACGGGCACGGCGCGCACCAACCAGCUGGCCCAAGUGACCAUGCAGAACGACAUCCGCUUUGACACGGAACUCGCGCAAUUCCGCAUCCCGCAGCAAGAGAUCCAGAACAUUUCGCUGCUGGUCAAAGGGGGCUACGGCGUCGUGUUCCACGCUACGUUCAACAAGGUAGACGUGGCCAUGAAGCAGUUGCUGCCGUCGAAAGCCAAAGAUCAGAACGCGAUCCAGGACUUUAUGAACGAAAUCCGGCUCUGUGCUCGGCUCGAGCACCCCAAGAUCGUCACGUUUGUGGGCAUUUCAUGGUCAACGCUGCAAGAUUUGGCAGUGUUGUCCGAGUUUAUGGCCAAUGGCGAUGUCACGGGGCUGAUUCGCAAGGAGCGAAAAAAGCCAGACGGAACUCGGCUCCUCCACUGGGUUCCAUCGCGUGAAUUCGGCACGUCCAAGACAAAAAUCGCCGCCGACGUCAUCGACGCCCUGGUGUACCUACACUCAUUUCAACCGACCGUCAUUCACCGCGACCUCAAGUCGAAGAACGUGCUUUUGAGUGCGACGUGGGAGGCGAAACUUAGCGACUUUGGCAUCAGUCGCGUAACCAGCCUCGAAGAAACCAUGACAAGCAACAUCGGCACCGUGGCGUGGAUCGCCCCCGAAGUCCUCACCGGGGGGCGGUACACGGAGAAGGCGGAUAUUUACAGCUUUGGCGUACUUCUCAGCGAACUCGACACACUGCAAGUGCCAUAUGCGGAAAUGCUGGGCAAAUCCAAAGAAAAUGGAUUCUCUAAUGCCCGCCUUGCUAUGAUGGUCAGCGAAGGCGCGCUGCAGCCGACGUUCACUGACGGCAUCCCGUCGCAGCUUCACCAACUUGCCAUGGACUGCCUCAACUUUCACGACAACGACCGACCUUCGGCCAUGAAGCUGUCGUACCAAUUGCACAGUAUUUUGAAGGAUUUCGACACCUUGCAUAAGUAGGUACAUACGUACACAGUAUGUAGAGGUUGAGGACCAACAACCAUGAAAUGUGUCACCCUGCCAUUGUAAUAAACGCACUUUAUAAACUAUUAUUUUAUACCUAGA